AUGGCCUUCAAGAUCCAACAACCCGUGGGGCGGCCUCUGACCGGAGGCGACCUCCUAGCCCAAUCGCUGAAAGCACUGGGCGUUGACGUCUCCUUUGGUCUCGGAGGCGGCCAUCUAGACGGCUUCUUGCUUGGAUGCGAGCACGCUAGCAUACGGCUAAUUGACACGCGGCAUGAAACCGCUGCUAUUCAGGCAGCAGAGGGAUACGCUCGCACCACGGGCAAAGUAGGCUCUUGUUUUGUCACAGCAAACAGCGGCUUCCUAAAUGGCCUGCCGGGCCUUGGCACAGCCCUCGCGGACAGGAACCCGAUCUGCUGCAUCACUAGUUCGCAGCCUCCAAAGGAUGUGGAUAGCAAUGGUCUCCAGGGUUUCCACGAUCAAAUAGUCGUGGCAAAGACUCUCGCCAAGUUUGUGCACCGCAUCACCGACAACGAGGAAAUUCCGCGCGUUGUUGCAUACGCCUUUCGACAAGCCACGGUCGGGGCGCCAGGCCCAGUCGUGAUUGACCUUCCCGUCUCCCUCAUGUUUGCGCCAGUGAAUGUGGAUGCCAUCCAGCUUGGUGCUAUCAACAGCCCAAUGCCUGCUCCUCCAGCCCCGGAUAAAAACGCCAUCAUCACGGCUGCAGCUCUCUGGAGGUCCGCAGAACGCCCCAUCAUAAUCACAGGCUCAAAAUCGAAACUGUUAUCCAGCAUAGCCGAGAUAACCAACACGCCUGUCUUUCACACCACUUCUUACGGACCAUCUAUCCCCGUCGGUCAUCCCCUUCAAGCGGGAUUCGCCAAUCGCUUGGCCCUGUUGUUGAAAAAUGAAGAGCCGCGCCCGGACUUGGUCAUCCUCAUCGGCACACGCACCGGCACCUUUCUAGGAGGCCGUGGCGGCCGCAUCAUCCCAAAGGAAGGCUGCAAGGUGGUGCAUGUCGAAGCUGAUGGAAGUGAGCUCGGAAAGAUUUGUCAUGUGGACGUCAGUAUCACGUCGUCACCCGAGCAGGCACUCGAGGCUUUUAAGAGCGAGAUCGAGAAGGGCCAGUGGAAGGCGUCAAAGGCUUGGGCCACUAGACUCGGGGAACUCAAGGACGCUUAUUCGUUUUACGAAAAAGAUCCCGAGACCAAUGCGGCAGGCCAACUUCACCCUUACCACGCCUUGAAGCAGGCCUUUAGCGCCUUGAAGCACGGCGCAAUCAUUUGCGCAGAUGGCGGCGAGUCGUCUUUCUGGGCCCUCGAUAUGGCACAGUAUGCCACGCCGUCAGCCGUCAUGUACACCUGCGGCUAUCUUGGCUUCCUGGGAAACGGCUGGGGAUACGCCCUGGGGGCAGCAGUAGGCAACCCUACUCGCCAGGUCAUCAACGUCCAGGGCGACGGCUCGGCCGGCUUUCACAUUGCCGAGCUAGACACGUAUGCACGAUUCGACUUGAAUAUUCUCACCAUCAUCAUGAACAACCACGUGUGGGGGAUGUCGUUGCACGCCCAGGAUAUACUCUUUGCAGACCGCAUCAAGGCAAGGCCAGCGGCGCUGCUAAGCAGUGGUACUGCGUAUGAAGUCGUAGCUCAAGGCUUUGAGAACGCAAGCGCAAAGGUCACCACAAUGGACGAGAUUGACAGCACAGUAAGGGAAUUGUCAGCCGACCCCCGCCCUGCCUGUAUCAACAUGAUCGUGUCGGGUGCGCCAACACAUCACGGGCUAGAAGCGUUGGUCAUGUCCAACCUGGAGCCUAACACUGUUCGUAUCCCGUACUUUGCUCUGUAAUUAGUAUUUCUAGUUGAGUAAGGUGUGAAUAUGAACCUUGAAG